UGAAAGCUUCCUCCAACAAACUUUACGGUUCGUGACCUGACUCUGAGAUUAUGUUGUUCUAUGGCACAGUGACUUCAGAUGUUUAUUGCCUAAGUACCAUGAUGAAGUGCAUUGCACUUGGUGCAGUUGAGUUCUUGCUGAAACCACUCUCUGAGGAAAAAUUGAGGAAUAUCUGGCAGCAUGUCCUUCACAAGGCAUUUUCCAGUACUCCGAAGGCUGAAGUAGACUCCGCAGCAACCUUGAUGCAGCUCCAAUUAGAGAGUGAAGACAAUAAUGAAGUUCUGGAAGAUACGGAAGUUCUUUCUUGGAUUCAAGACGUUGUAUGGGAGAAAGAGCAACCAGAAGGAAGUGUUAUAUCUCAACUGAACCAAGGAUCAUCGUUGCAAGGUUGCUGGGAAAGUGGAAAUCAAAUGAAUUCUUCAAUGGAAACAGGUUGCAGUGACAAAGAUGUGCAGUCUAACUUCGUCGAAACUACUUCACAUGAUUUGGUUUGUGAAGACACCCUUCAGGAGGGCCAACCUCAAUUAUCUGGCAAGAAUAAAUGUGGCGUCAAAAGUGGUCCUUCAGCUGCUGAGCACUCAAUCCAAGGAUCUGAUGUGAACCCUUCAGCUGGUUCCAAAGCGAAGAAAACAAAGGUGGAUUGGAGCCCAGGGCUACAUGGUAAGUUUAUUCAGGCAGUCGAACAGUUAUGCAUAGAUCGUGCAAUCCCUUCCAAAAUACUUGAGCUGAUGAAAGUUGAAGGUUUGACAAGGCACAACGUUGCAAGUCAUCUCCAGAAGUACAGGAUGCAAAGGAAACAUGUAAUGCACAGGGAAGAAAAUCCAACAAGAUAUUCAAUGCAAACCAAUCACUUGAAACCAAUCAUGGCUUACCCUUCUUCUUAUCCUUACAGUGGAAUAUCCAUGGCCACUGUCUAUCCAACAUGGACGCAGACCAAUGGCCAACCAGCUAAUGUCAACAUGUGGGGUCGGCCUGAUUGUCGCCAUUGGCUGCAACCAGGAACUCGGCCAUGGAAUUCUUAUUCUGGGAUGAAAGCUGAUGCAUGGGGUUGCCCUGUGAUGCUGCCUUCUCCUGCUCCAUAUUUUUCAUAUCCUCAGCAAAUUUCAUCAUCACACAAUGUGUAUACAGCAAAUAAGAGCUACGGCACGCCUCAAAGUUCAUUUGAUCUUCAACCAGAUGAGGAGGUGAUUGACGAGAUUGUAAAUGAGGUAAUGAGGAAACCACGGUCAGCUCUUCCAUUGGGGCUUAAACCUCCUGCAGAGAUUCUUGUGGAAGAGCUUCCAAGGCAAGUAAUCUCCACUCUUACACCUCAAAUCAACGCCUUCAAUCCUCCCUGAUCCCACUCCUCUCGGCCUUCUUUUGCAUUGUAA